ACUGCCAAACAUACUCUCGUAUUUGUAAUUUGGAUAACAUCACGGUACGCGGUCCCGAGCUUUGUCAUUCUGUGGUCCAGACGAGUUUCAUUGUGAUUCACAAUUACAUCUAUAUAUAUAACCUACAAGCAACCCUACGCUGUAACCACGCUUAUGAUCAUCGGCUCAUUUCCCAUCACUGGGCUCAGGAGGAAGACGUCGAACGCGAUGCACCUAGAAAAGUACGCCAGUAACGGCGACGAGGAGCACCGCCAUCCCCUCGGCAACGCCGCUCAGGAGGACUUCCAACGAUCCAACGGAUCUCUCGCGAGCCAGACCUGCUGGGGUUCCUCCCUCAGCGAGGCCAGCAGCCUGUCCCCCCUUCUCCUGAGCCCUCGGGACCCCGGUGACUGGGAUCAGUACGGUACCACCCUCCAGUACACCUGCUUUCCCUACCCACCGAACCCCGCCGCUCCUCCGAGACCCGACAGCGCUUCCGCCGACGCGAUGCCGACCUGGUGCAGCCUCUACGGGGAGGCCGACGAUGCCGCCGCCGCCGCCGCGCCCUCCACGCCCCGGCACAAGCUACCCUCGAUGGGAACCGCGUUCUCCAGGUCCUUCUACCCCCCGAACACCACCGCCGACUGCACGACGAGCUUCGCUAACUUCCACGGCACCGCCGGUUCACAGCUUUACGGUAGCCAGCAGCAGAGCCUCGCCAAUGUGGCGGACGAGUUCGACCUGAGCCUCAUUCGCGGCGACCCUACCUCCCUCUUCGCCGGAAACGGAUCGCCGCCCUGCCCGACUCCCUAUCUGGACGACCUCCAGGAGGAGCUGGAUCCCUUCGCCGGAUUUAACAAUUCCUGCUACGCGGUUGGACACCUCGUGUCCUCACCGCCGACACCCGCGUCUCAUGGAUCGACGACAUCGACGUCGCCUUACUACCGUAACAGAGGACACCUCAACGGAACUUCCGCCGCCUCGACAUGCCUCCUCGACGAACCGUUAAUCGAGAACAGUAACCAAGUCGUCCUGCCGCAGGACGAGGGACUCCUUCUCGCGAACGACCGUGAGUCCGCGUUCACCUCGACGUCGCCCACGAUUCCGGAUACGAUCAAGUUGGAGGCUCCGGCUGUUGGUUGUUCCGUAACAGAGGAUUCUUCAUUCGGGCUGACCUACCAGUGUCGGUGGAUGGACUGCGGAUGUGCUUUUCCGGAACAGGCGAGUUUGGUGCGCCACAUUGAAAGGCGGCACGUCGAGUCCUCGUCCUCGGGAGCUCACAGUCACAGUAAAAGAAUUCAGCGGGAUUCAACGUCCGGCGAAUCCAGCGCCAUGGUGCCAAACGCUCCUCAGGACGAGUUCGCCUGUCUCUGGGAAGGAUGUCCCCGAGCUCGACCCUUCAACGCGAGGUAUAAGCUUCUCAUCCACAUGCGGGUACACAGCGGAGAAAAGCCCAACAAGUGUCCGUUCGCAGGCUGCAAAAAGGCGUUCUCGAGGCUGGAGAAUUUGAAAAUUCACCAAAGAUCGCACACGGGUGAAAGGCCGUACGCCUGCCAGCACAGAGGCUGCUCGAAGGCCUUCAGCAACAGUAGUGACCGCGCGAAACAUCAGAGAACGCAUUACGAUACGAAACCGUAUGCGUGCCAGGUGAGCGGUUGCGGAAAGCGCUACACAGAUCCGUCGAGCCUGCGUAAGCACGUCAAGAACCACGCGGAACCUGGUCCAGGGUCGUCAGGUCCCGGAAGCAGAGGAUCGAGCAACGGGAUGUCGUGCAAGACCUCUUCGACGCGUCUAAACUCCGGUGCAGCAGCGCAGCGGCUUCAGCAGAAGACGUCGUCGGUUGGGACGGACGUCGGUGCAACGGGGACGGUUUUCCGUCCACGGUUGGGAUCCGAUCUCGAUCUUGGGAUUCACUACGAGGACGAAGAGCUGCUUCUCUCGACUGUAUGCGGCGAGGAACGCGUCCCAACCCCUUUGGACGAACGCCACAACGAGUACAUUCCCUUCGAGUCCGUGCGCCGUUUUCUUAUCGCAGACGCAACCCACGUCGAGGUCACCGAUGCCACGGUUUACGCGGAAGGCGAUGUAUCUGACUUUCAAGAACUGGGAUCCGAUAUCGAACAACAGUUUCUGGAACUGAGUAAUUUGGACGAAUCGGUAUUUAUCGGAGGUUAAUCGAAUUGUCCGGUGAUAUAGACAAGGCAAUGUAGGAUACACCGUAUGUUAAUGUUAGGUAUAGGUAUGCAACGAUGACCAAAAACAAAUGUGCCAAUAAUACAUUAUGAUCUCAAUGCUCAAACGAUCAAAUUAUAUAAAUUAAAUUUAUAUUAGAGUUUAAGAAUUUUGUGAGAAUUAUUUUAAAGCACACUGCACGUGCAUGGAUGGAUACUCGAUUCAAACGUGUAUUGCACAUUACGAUAUAUCUCACAGUGGACCAAUAUUAUGCGUGAUUUUUUGCCAAAGUACUUCCAUUCAGAAGAAUAUAUUAGAAUGAAUAUAUCUCGGGAAGAUUAAUUUUUAUACAUUAAUAUUUUUCGAGAGAAAAUAACGCGU